ACCCCAUUGAAAAAAAAUACAAACUUAGCACUCUGCUAAGCUUCUGUUUUAGUCACACUAUAAAGUCCUAAGCAUUUUUCUUUUAUCUUGAUCUGUACUUGGUAGCUGCAACAUUAAUUGAGGUCAUUACUCCUCUCAUGCAGGUCUAUUUUGUGUCCAUUCUUCUAGUACUACUUCUUUGCUGGAAGUAACAGUGGCUACUCUAUGAGCUCUGUUUGGAUCGACUUAUAAACUGGUGUUUGUUAUAUACUUGAGUUGAGUAUUUUUGUGCUGAGGCAGAGGAGUUGAAAAAAUGAGCAUGACCAUGUUUGGUUUGAAGGUGGAGGAAGGAAAAGAAGGCCAAAAUGGACGGCCAUCUAUCGGUCCUGUUUAUCGAAAUCCAAUAGCUCAAAAUGGUUUUCCUCCAGUUGAUCCUGAUUUGUCUACAGCUUGGCAGCUUUUUAGAGCAGCCGUAGAAAAAUAUCCAGGGAAUAGAAUGCUGGGAUGGCGUGAUUUUAAGGAUGGAAAGUGGGGUCCUUAUAACUGGAAAACCUACAAAGAAGCUUAUGAAGAGACUUUGCAGACUGGUUCUGCAUUACGGGCUCACGGUGUUGAACCUGGUGCUCGAAUUGGAAUAUAUGGAGCCAAUUGUCCUCAGUGGAUAGUAGCAAUGGAGGCUUGCAGUGGCUACAGUUUAAUAUGUGUCCCUCUCUAUGAUACCCUUGGACCCGGCGCUGUGGAUUUUAUUAUUGAACAUGCUGAGGUUGAUAUCGUUUUUGUUCAAGACAAGAAAGUGAAAGAACUUCUAAAUUCAGAGUGCAAACAUGCUAAACGCCUGAAAUUGCUCGUGUGUUUCACUUCACUACAGCAGGAAGAGAAGGAUAAGGCAGUUUCUUUGGGUAUUAAGCCAUACUCUUGGAAUGAAUUCCUCAACAUGGGUAAAGAGAAUCCAUCAGAGCCUUCACCGCCACAGCCAUUUGACAUAUGUACAAUCAUGUACACUAGUGGAACUAGCGGGGAACCUAAAGGUGUAAUAUUGACUCAUGAAAAUAUGACAGCAUCUGUAACAGGAGUUGAUCAUUUUAUGGAAAUUUUUGAAGACAAGAUGACAGUAGAUGAUGUGUACAUAUCUUUCCUACCACUUGCGCAUAUACUUGAUCGGAUGAUUGAAGAACAUUUCUUCCAUAAGGGUGCUUCUGUCGGAUACUUCCAUGGGAAUAUCAAUGAGAUACAAGAAGACAUGAUGGAGUUGAAGCCAACCUUUUUGGCUGGAGUACCUCGAGUUUAUGAAAGGAUUCAUGAAGGUGUAUUGAAAGCACUUGAAGAGCUCAAUCCCUUCAGGAGGAGCAUGUUCCACUUGCUAUAUAACUUCAAGCUUAAAUGGAUGAAUCUUGGGUACAAACAGAAGUAUGCUUCGCGACUGGCUGAUGUGCUAGCUUUUAGAAAGGUAAAGAAUAGGCUAGGUGGCAGGAUUCGCCUCAUAGUCUCCGGUGGUGCUCCCUUAAGCAGUGAGGUGGAACAAUUCUUGCGGGUUACCUCAUGUGGAUUUGUCCUACAAGGCUACGGUUUGACAGAGACUUGUGGUUUGGCCACCAUUGGGCAUCCAGAUGAAAUGUGCAUGCUUGGAACUGUUGGUCCACCCUUUGUCUUCACAGAAGUUCGUCUGGAGGAAGUUCCUGAAAUGGGCUAUGAUCCCCUAGGAGACCCUUCUCGGGGAGAGAUAUGCGUGAGAGGGAGGACCACUUUUACUGGAUACUACAAAAACCCAGAGUUGACAAGAGAGGUCAUCAAAGAUGGAUGGUUUCAUACAGGUGACAUCGGAGAAAUGUUGCCUAAUGGAGUUGUCAAAAUCAUUGAUCGAAAGAAAAAUGUUAUAAAGCUAUCCCAAGGAGAAUAUGUUGCACUGGAAUAUCUGGAGAAAGUUUAUGGUAUUGCGCCCAUCGUUGAAGAUAUAUGGGUAUAUGGGGACAGCUUCAAGUCCAUGCUGAUAGCGGUUGUGGUGCCACAUGAAGGGAACACCAAAAAAUGGGCUGAUCAAAAGGGGCACAAGGGUUCAAUUCCUCAACUUUGUUCCCUCCAUGAGCUAAACCAAUAUGUCCUCCUUGAGCUGAAGUCUGCUGCAGAAAGAAACAAGCUAAGAGGUUUCGAGAACAUCAAAGGCGUGAUUCUGGAACCUCAACCCUUUGAGUUUGACAAGGACGUGGUAACAGCAACAAUGAAAAAGAGAAGGGAGAGAUUGCUUAAGCGUUACAAGGUGGAGAUUGAUGACCUCUACCAAAGUCUUAAUGCAGCAGCUAAACGCUAAUAUGUUUUUGAAUGCGGAGGCAGUGCUUUGAUCUACUGAGUGAUAUGUGGAGCUAUGUGCUGAAAAAGUUUGAACUUAUACAUAUAUUGAUUUAUUGUCUGGUAUAAUAGCGAUUUGUACGAAUAAUCAUCAGUAUUGUUGUCUUACAUUUCUGAAUUAAGCACCUUUAUGGAAUCUUCUGGCAGUCA